AUGGCUAGGGUCCCGAUAUAUGCGGCAUCUUCUUGGACCAGUAUCGUAUCCCUAACGGCUUCUCAAUUCCUGGAUCCCGUUCGCGAUGUCUACGAGGCAUUCACGAUCUAUACCUUCUUCCAACUACUUAUCAACUUCCUCGGUGGUGAAAGAGCCCUAAUCAUAAUGACACACGGCCGUCCUCCUGUUCAGCAUGCCUGGCCCCUAAACCACGUUUUCCCUAAAGUCGAUAUUUCGGACCCGCACACCUUCUUGGCUGUAAAGCGAGGUAUCCUCCAGUAUACAUGGCUGAAGCCGAUUCUGGCCCUCGUUUCCAUCAUCAUGAAGGCGACAGGUACCUAUCAGGAAGGCUAUUUAGGUCUAGCGUCAGGUUACCUGUGGACGGGAUUAGUGUAUAAUGUCAGCGUUACUCUAAGUCUGUAUUCUUUGGCGAUGUUCUGGGUUUGCCUACACGACGACCUAAAGCCGUUUCGACCCGUUCCCAAAUUUCUUUGCGUUAAGCUCAUUAUUUUUGCUUCUUACUGGCAAGGAUUCUUCUUAUCGAUUCUCCAAUGGCUUGGGGCCUUGUCCAAUGGGGUUGCAGGAUAUACGCCGGACAACCUCGCUGCCGCCAUCCAGGACACUUUGAUAUGCUUCGAAAUGCCGUUUUUUGCAAUCACUCAUUGGUAUGCUUUCUCAUGGCAUGAUUAUGCAGACAAAACAAUUUCUGCCGCUCGGUUACCGGUGAUAUACGCCCUUCGAGAUGCGUUCGGACCCCGAGAUCUCAUCGAAGAUACAAAGAUGACUCUCCGGGGCGAAAACUAUGAGUAUCGGUUAUUCGAUUCCGGUGACCACAUUAUCCCUCACGCGGAGUCAGCCUCCCGUGUCAAACGGGUAAUGGAUGGCAUGCGGUACGAGCGGGGAGGAAAGGGAAAGUAUUGGAUUCCACGGCCAGGCGAGGUUAAUAGCCGGACACCGUUACUUGCUGGAGAGACAUCGAGCGGGGGGGGCAGAAGAAGCAGCGCGCUGGAGCGCUUUCGCGCCUACGGCGAUCUCGAGGAGUCUACACUGGACGAUGAAGAUGAACGCCUAUUUACCAAGGCUCGAGCCUUGGAGUUUGGCGAUUGGAAUUACCCUGUGAUCACAGCCAAUGAAGUUCCACGAGACCAACGUCUUGGGUACCCGAGGCCGUACCAGAGCUACCAGAGCCUGCGUUCAUCUGGACAGAGUUCCCAGUCAUCUGAACCCGUCAAGAAAGCCCGAAAACACCGAAAGAGCCGAGCUGGUAGUGAAGCCACGCACGGAACUGAAGGACAUCGCAGCCCUAAGAACGUCAAAAAUCCUCGAAAGAAAAGCUCGUUUGGAGAGCCCGGCGCUUUGCAGCGGGAAACCAGCAGCACAUCUCAUGGCUCUCGUCGCGGGCAACUGGUUGACUUGGUUGUGGAGAAUCGUGAAGCUGAGGAGCAAGAAAGGGUGCAUGCUCAGAGAACGCUUGGCUCUGCCUGGGCUGGUCCCGAACGAAGGCAUUUCGAACGCCCAUCGGGGCACUCUGCGGAAGAACCGCCCAACGUCGAAAUGCCGCAAAAUGUAGAAAGCGAACAGCUAAAUGUUGAGAGCACGGAAACAACUCGAUGGGAGGAUAGCCCCGAUGAAGAGCCGCCCAAAGGGCCGGCUUGGGCUUAUGGGCCACUGGAGGAAGAAAAUGUCUGGGGUAAAUAG